UCCCUCUCCUUUCUUUAUUUGUUCUGUGCUGGUCAGAUUUGUUAGUGUUAGAUGUAUUUUAGCUACAACAUUUCGUCAAAAGUGCAUAAGCAUCUGAAAUUAUUGCAUAUUCGAUUUCAAUGUACACGUGUUUGUAAGUGUUUUAAAGUUAUUGAACUCUUUGCACUUUAACAAUGAUGGCUGGUAGAUUAAAUAUAACCGCUCCAAGUGGAGUGGCCGACAACACGUUAGGUUUGUCUUGGCACGAUUCUGCUUGGAUUCCCAUUUUAAACACUUCUAAUGUUAUGGACUAUUUUUCUCAGAGCUCCAACCCGUUUUUUGAUAGGACAUGCAAUAAUGAAAUAGUUAAAAUGCAAAGGCUCAACCAGGACCAACUGCAGAAUAUGACUGGGUUAGAAUAUGUUCUACUUCAUGUUCAAGAACCUAUUUUAUACGUCAUAAGGAAGCAACAUAGACACAGUCCACAGCAAGUGACACCACUGUCAGAUUAUUAUAUUAUGGCAGGCAUUGUUUAUCAAGCACCCGAUAUUGGUAGUGUCUUAAACUCCAGGCUGCUUUCAGCUGUUCAUCAUUUACAGUCUUCAUUUGAAGAAGCGUCAAGUUUUUCUAGAUAUCAUCCAAGUAAAGGUUACUAUUGGGAUUUCAAAUCACAAAGGUCAGCUGUGGAUAAAGUUAAAGCAGUAGAAAAAGAAAAACCAAAAGAAGAGUCAAGUUCUCUUUUCCAAAGACAGAGGGUCGAUAUGCUUUUGGGCGAGUUAAUUAAGAAGUUCCCACUACCAGCUCCUCAACCAAAGGUAGCCGUGGUAGUAACUGUAAAAAGUGAUAGUGAAAAUGGUAAUUUGGAGAGUAAGGAAAAAGUGGAGGUGAAGCAAGAAAAGAUUAAACCACCUGCAGAUAAAAAACCCAGACUAAAUUAAAUACUUAAAUUGAAUAAGGUUUAAUUUGACAGUAUUAGUUUACUUGUUCUCUAUAAAUAAAUUAUAAUUUAAUCGUAAUUAGAUUUUAUUUAGGUAAAUAUUUCCCUCCAUUCAUUGUCAUAUUUUCUAAAUGUUCAAUUGAGUUGAGUAACAAUUUCAUGGCCACCAAUGGCAAAUAUACCAUUCGCAAUGCGGAAAGAUUAAAUAUUUUGACAUUGGAACAUGAUAUGUCGUUUGAAGGGGUUUUGAAUCAUCUUUCAGAAUAGUGGAUAAUAUAUAGGAUGUGCCAUUUGAAAAAUGAAAUUGUAAUUAUUUUCGUUUCCACAGCCGUUACCAUACUUUAAAUGUCCGUGUGUAACACAGACCUUUGCCAACUUUAUAAAUAUAGCUGUAAUUAACAUUUAUUUGGAGCUAUGGUUUAAUCUAAAAAUAGGAAAAAAAAAAUCCUUGUUUAUGUAACCCAUCAAAUAUUCAGAAGGGUCUUACAUUUAAACACUACACCUGCCUAAAAAAUAAAGGUACAAUGUAGUAAUAUAAUAACUCUGAUAAAAAGUGCAAUUUAUUGUGUAUCUAAUAUCACGCAUUUGCUUACUGUUGUAGUAGUAUUAAAUAGAUUUAUAUCACAUUUUAGAAUUAUUUUGUUAGCUUCAUGUAACCAUCUGGUGCAAGGUCAUAUAUUGAAGAGUGAAGAGUAUACAAUAAAAUAUUUUUUUUAUCUCUUAUUUUUUAGCAAUUCUAGGAAAUGAAAAUUGUAUAUAACUAUCUUAAUCUGACCAUUCCAAAUUCUAUUUAAAAACUAUAUGUAAUAAAAGACUAUAUGUUAUCGGUUUUGAUAUCUUCGAAGCCUUUGAACUUGAAUUUUAUACAGGCUUUAUUUAUAAAUUUCUCAUAAUGCUGACUCUACCUUAUGCUAUACUUCUUCUAUGACCAUUAGUUUUUGGUUACAUUUUUGCAAAAAGCUCAUAUACAUUACCUGAGUGACGUGUGACGUGCCCGUCAGAAUUGAUAAGCGUCAAAAUAACGCGCGAAGUGGCGACAGUGUUUAAUAACUUUGUCGUUUUAAAGUGCCGCUUUGCGUGCUCCUGAUAAGAGUAUAAUUGGGUUUUUAGGGUGUGGAGUCGAAAAACACAUUUUAAAAUUAUUAUAUUUCCUUUCUGUUUUAUUUGUCAGUAACAUAUGUUCACAGUUUUAGUCAAUUUGCAUGUUUACUUUUUUGUGAGACAAGUGUUAGAUUUGGCUUUGCGAUUUUCUGCUGUCAAAAAAAAUGGAACAAAGAAUUUGCAUAAAAUUUUGUGUAAAAAAUAGACAAAACAAAGUAGCAAAACGCUUGAAAUCUUGACAACGGCAUAUGGUGAAUCUAUUUUGAGCAGAAAAAAUGUAUAUAAGUGGUCCAAGAUGUUGCAAGAUGGUCAAGAAGGUGCUGAUGAUGAACCUCGCUUAGGAUGCCGCAGCAUGUCAACCCUACUGAUAAAAGGGUUGAAGAAGUGAAACAAAUGGUGUUGAAAAAUCGUCGAAUCACUACUAGAGAAGUGGCUGAAUGAAGUCGGCAUCCCUAUUGGCUCGUGCCAUGCAAUUUUUUUUUGAAAUUUUGGGCAUGAGAUGUGUAGCAGAAAAAAUUGUUCCGAAACUGCUUAAUUAACAUCGCUUAAGAGUUGUUAAAUGACGUCAAUGAUGAUCCUGAUAUUCUCAAAAAGGUCAUAGCUGGUGACGAAUCAUGGGUUGCGACGUCGAAACCAAAGCCCAGUCAUCUCAAUGGAAGAACUCACAAUCGCCAAGACCGGAAUUGUAGAAAAACAAUUCAUCGAUUUUGCAUCACUAUAAUGCACCUGCUCACUCAUCGUUGCUUGUGUCUAACUUUUUGUUCAAAAACAAAACCACAGUCAUGCCUCAGCCACCAUAUUUACCGGAUAUGGCACACCACGAUUUUUUCCUGUUCCCAAAACUCAAGUAACCCACGAAAGGAAGGAGGUUUUGAAUGAUUGAGGAGAUAAAGAAAAAAUCGCUGGAAGAACUCAAGGCUAUACCAGUGUUUACCAGAAGUGCUUCGAGGUUUGGAAAAAACAUUGACACAAGUGUAUUA